UUCAGCCAGCCAGAUUCAGCUAGCUGCUUAGAUAGGGGUUGUCCAGGGGAUGUCCUGGUCUCUCUCGGUCCUUCCGCUCUUAGUGAAAGUUGCGCCUUCCCCCACCAUACCCCACCAUACUGCGCAUGAGCAGAAACAGGAUGACCGCGUGGCAGGGGCCGGUUCUUGCUUGGAGUGGGAAUAAAUGUACUCGGGCAUAGUCUGCACGCUGCCGCUCAGAUCCACUCCAUCAAACCCGAGGAAUAAGGCUGAAGUGAGACCACAGGCAUCGGAUGCAAUGUCUCUGAUCACACCGAGGCUGCCAGAGAGACCCCACUGGAUGCCCAAUGCUACAAAAAUGCACUGAAGACUGGGGUUCAGCAGCUAAUAAAGGCAAACACCCCUCUGCUGGAGAUCAAUCAGGAAGGUGGGGGGUCACCACAGAUGAUAAGCAACCAGCAUGGCCUGCUAGGGCAAGAGUUAGCCAGGCUGGAGAGAAGGCCCAGCGGUUAAGAUCUCAAAGCUGCUCUUUGAGAGGACCGGAGUUCAAUUCCCAGCACCCACAGAGCAGCUCACAACUAUAACUCCUGUUCUGGAGGAUCUGACUCCUUCACACAGACACACAUACAAGAAAAACACCAAUACACAUUAAAAAUAAGGCCCCGAGUUUGGUUUCUGCUACACUCAGGUAUUACCUCAAAUCCAGGACCUUAGGAAUUCUGGGCGAGAGUUACAUGCUUAGUGCACAAUUCUCUUGUACUCGUCUUGGCAUGUAGCUGUGUAUGGCUUGGCACUCACUACCGUAGCCCAGCUGGCCUUGACCUUGUUGCAGUCCUGGUUCAGUCCCUCAAGCACUGUCAUAAUCAUCUUUUUAGAGAUACCUGGAGCCGGCUGCAUGGCGCGCUGCGAGCGGCUGCGCGGCGCGGCCCUGCGCGACUUGCUGGGCCAGGCGCAGGGCGUCUUGUUCGACUGCGACGGGGUGCUGUGGAACGGCGAGCGCACCGUGCCGGGCGCCCCCGAGUUGCUGCAGCGGCUGGCGCGGGCGGGCAAGACCACGCUUUUCGUGAGCAAUAACAGCCGGCGCGCGCGGCCCGAGCUGGCGCUGCGCUUCGGCCGCCUAGGCUUCGCGGGGCUGCGCGCUGAGCAGCUCUUCAGCUCAGCGCUGUGUGCCGCGCGCCUGCUGUGCCAGCGUCGUCUGCCUGGGUCGCCGGGCACCGUGUUCGUGCUGGGCGGUGAGGGGCUGCGCGCCGAGCUGCGUGCCGCGGGGCUGCGCCUGGCGGGGGACCCCGGCGACUACGGCUCGCGCGUGCGCGCCGUGCUCGUGGGCUACGACGAGCACUUCCCCUUCGCCAGGCUGAGCGAGGCGUGCGCGCACCUGCGCGACCCCGACUGCCUGCUCGUAGCCACCGAUCGCGACCCUUGGCACCCGCACAGCGACAGAAGCCGGACCCCCGGUACCGGAAGCCUGGCUGCAGCAGUGGAGACAGCCUCAGGACGCCAGGCCCUGGUGGUGGGCAAACCCAGCCCUUACAUGUUCCAGUGCAUCGCCGAAGAGUUCAGUGUGGACCCCAUCCGCACACUGAUGGUGGGUGACCGCCUGGAGACCGACAUCCUCUUUGGCCACCGCUGUGGCAUGACCACCGUGCUCACACUCACAGGAGUCUCACGCCUCGAAGAAGCCCAGGCUUAUCUGGCAGCUGGUCAGCAUGACCUUGUGCCUCACUACUACGUGGAGAGCAUUGCAGACUUGAUGGAGGGGCUGGAGGACUGAACCCACCUCCCCCAUUCUCCGAUCCCGUAGAUGGAGAGAGAAUGAGUUACAUUCGGCAGGAGCUGCCUGGCCCCGGGUGUCUACCCCAGAGAAGGGAAGCUGGAAUCCAGGAAGGUUUGUGGGCCCUCAAACCCCUCCCAGCAGUGGUUGGAUGCCCUGCUGUUCAGAAGCUGUCCCUCCACAUCUUGAAGGUUCACCCUGGCCUGACCCCACCAGGUAGCCUUAUUUCCUGCCCUGUCACCUAUCCUUCUUGAACUAUAUAUAUAUGGGCCCCAAAGCCAAAUGAAAAUUUUCUCCAACCCUGAGUACUUAAUUAAGCUCCUUCCCUUCCCUGGGAGCUGUAAUGCUCUGUCCUUAGGUCCUUGCUGACCAAUCAGAAGUCUAGGGAACUCCAGAUAUUCCUGGCCUGCACAGGCCUAUGGAAGGAAAGCUACCAGUAGUGACUGGCAUGUUAGUGUCUCACAGUGGGCCCUCUGGAUCAAGUAAGAUCUUAAAGAUCACCUUGCACAUCCUGGAGCCCCAGAGCCCCAGUCAGAAGGCUAAGUGACAUUGACCUCUGGAGGUCCAUCAGGAUAACAAUGAUCCCCUGGCCUCUUAGAUCCCAAACAGGACAAUCUACGAGUCUGCGACCCGGUGGCUUUUUGAUAAUCCUGGGCUGACUGGAUCAGCCAGGAGACCAGGUCCUAGGAGGGCAGGGUGAUGAAUGCCUGUCCUUAUAGCACUUGGGAGGCUGAGGCAGGAGGAUUGCUCUGAGUUUGGUGACCUGGGUUGCAGAGUAAGACCUCAUUUCAAAAAGACCAACUUGAAAGUCAGCCUCCUCCAGGAACUGAUCCGUGGGCCCUCUGUGACCCUGGUAUUGAUGGUCGCCCCAGCUUGGAAGAGUGACCUGAUUGUUUGUAUUUAUUGUGUGCCAGUGGAGGCGGGGUGGGACCUUCCCACCACCUCCACCCUCGUUGUAACCAGUCCUUGAACUUAAUAAAAUGUAAGUGGGAGUGUCUGUACCCCAGUCUGUGGCUCCUGCAGAGGACCGGUUCAAUCCCAGCACCCACAUGAAAGCUCAUAAAUCUCCAUGACUUCAGUCCCAGGGGACCCGAGGCUUCUUCUGAUCUCUGUGGGCACCAGGCAUGCACAUGGUGCACAGACAGAUGUGCAGGUGUGUGAUGUAUCUACAUCACAUCUGGAAGCAAGAAAACUUGACUCAAAAAUAAUGUGAUUUCUCCGGUGAGGAACAAUCUGAGAAACAACCCCUGAGGCUGACCUCUGACCUCUGGCCUCCGCGUGCAAGACACACAACUGAAUGCAUACCUGCGGGCACACACAUGCAAAAUCUAGGACUCUCAGCUGCUCCUCCAGCACCACCUCUGUUUGUCCACUGCCAUCCUCCCCUUCAUGAUGAUAACGCACUGAACCUCUGAAACUGUAAGCGAGCCACUACAAUGAAAUUUUUUUAAAUAUUUAUUUAUUUAUUAUGUAUACAAUAUUCUGUCUGUAUGUAUGUCUGCAGGCCAGAAGAGGGCACCAGACCUCAUUCCAGAUGGUUGUGAGCCACCAUGUGGUUGCCGGGAAUUGAACUCAGGACCUUUGGAAGAGCAGCAGGUGCUCUUAACCACUGAGCCAUCUCUCCAGCCCAAUGAAAUUUUUUUUAUAGGAGUCUCUGUGGUCAUGGUGUCUCUUCACAAGAUCACUAUUAGGGAGACACAUCCUUUUUUAAAGAUUUAUUUACUUAUUUAUUAUGUACACAGUAUUCAGCCUCCGUGUAUGCCUGCAGGCCAGAAGAGGGCACCAGAUCUCAUUACAGAUGGUUCUGAGCCACUAUGUGGUAGCUGGGAAUUGAACUCAAGACCUCUGGAAGAGCAAGCGGUGCUCUUAACCUCUGAGCCAUCUCUCCAGUCCCCGAGACACAGAUUUUAUGUGUUUCAUGUUGAAAUCAGGAAAAGAGAAAAUUAAAAGCCACUUUGAGUCUGUUGUCAGUCUGUCCGUGUGUGCGCAGUGCUGUUUAGAGGCUCCCUACCAGAGACCGCCAGUCUUCUGCUUUACCCGUCUCCAAAAGACACUGAGAACCUUUCUCAUUUCAUCUAUAGGUCUAGGGCAAAACCUUAGGACAAGGAGACGGAAGGAUGGACGGGAAUCAGAAGGGGGAGAACAGAUUGCCAGUAUGGGGCAAAGGUGAGGACGGAGCUGGCUCCAGGAAGAAUCGGUAAAUAUUUGUAAAUACCAGAACCUUCGUUUUCUAAACCAUAGCUUUCUGGCUUUCUAACGAUGUGGAGAAGGUGGGAUUAAGACAACACUCACUCAGAUCAUGAAGACACCAAAGCAAAUGGAAUAUUUAUAAUGUCAACUUCUGCCAGUUUUCCCUCUCCCAUAACUUUUAUUUUCUCAACGUGUAUUUUUUCCUAGACAAGGUCUCUCUGUAUAGCCUUGGUUGUCCUAGAAUUCACUCUGUAGACCCGGCUGGCCUCGAAUUCACAGAGGUCUGCGUGCCUCUGCCUCCUGAGUGCUGAGAUUAAAAGCCUCACUUUUAGUGGUCCUCCUGGCUGAUCUCACAACUUUUAAAAAGAUGUCUGAGCCGGGCAGUGGUGGCGCACGCCUUUAAUCCCAGCACAGAGCAGCCUUCGAACGUCUGUAACUCUAGCUCCAGGGAACCCAACACCCUCUUCCAGCCUUCUUGGGCACUGUACACAUCGUGUACUCUUACGUACACACACAUAAAAUAAAAACAAGCCAGGUGGUGGUGGCGCACGCCUUUAAUCCCAGCACUCGGGAGGCAGAGGCAGGCGGAUCGCUGUGAGUUCGAGACCAGCCUGGUCUACAAGAGCUAGUUCCAGGACAGGCUCCAAAGCUACAGAGAAACCCUGUCAUGGAAACAAAACAAAAUAAAGCAGGUGACCUUAUUGGAGGAUGAGGUCGAUGCCCUCAUUAAAGCACCUGGUUUUGCUGUUGAACCUUUCUGUCCCUGCUAUUUGCAAAGGCCCUGGCCAAUGUCAACAUCUGAGGCCAUAUCUGCACUGUAGGGACGGAUGGGCCUGUUCUAGCCGUCAGUCCUGGCCCUUCCACUGCAGUGACUACAAAUAUCUCCUCUCUGCACGGGACAGAGAACUAGACAAAACAGGAGAAGCCACCAAGCCUGCCCCAGUGGUCUCACUUCUCCAUGACAGGACUACAUGGGUACUCUGCUCCAGACGUGCAUCGCGUCCGAAUCAUCGUGAUGCCAAUCCCGCUGCUCUGCUGGCUCCUGCUGUGUCCCGCGGAUGCCAGGCCACACCCAGAGCCAACCGGUCCCUCUACAAUGCUCUCUCCCUCGGCGUCCUCACACCCCUUGUCCUGCAGGGCUCUACUCCCAAAGUCCCUGCCUGGCUUCUCUCAUCUCCCGCCUCUCCCCCAGUUCCUGGUCGGCCUGGCUCUGAGAAACGCUCUGGAGGAAGCUGGCUGCCAGGCUGAUGUCUGGGCUCUGCAGCUUCAGCUGUACCGACUGGGAGGUGUGGAGGCUACCCAGACCCUCAUCCACCAUCUUCAAGAGCUCCAGAAAGGUGGACACGCGGACCGGCAAGUGUCAAUGGACGCCCUGACCUCCGCUCUGCAGCGCUCAGCCUGGGAGCAGCCAUGUCCAAACAGGGUCCGUCGCUGGCUUUCUUACUCCGACUGUGACAACGAGGAGGAGCAGAGCGUGCACGACGUGGUCGAGCAGCUGCCGGCAGUGGGGGCCUACUACAAUCUAGGCACAGCUUUGUAUUAUGCCUUCCAGAGUUGCUCUGACAAGGCCAAGGAGCGAGGCAAAGAUGGGGCCAUAGAUCUGGGGUAUGACCUUCUGAUGGCCAUGGCGGGUCUGUCAACGGGGCCAGCUGGGGUGGUCAUCAGUGCUGCUCUUAAGCCAGCAAUGAAGGCUGGGGUUCAGCAGAUGAUCCAAUAUUAUUAUGGUGAGAAAGAGGUGAGCGUCCCUUAGCCAGAGACCAGGAAGGAUGGACCCUCACACGACCUGGAGGAAACAGCCGUGGCCAGUUUUGUGUCAGAAGCUGAAAGUCCAUCUUCCUACUGGGGGCCAACCUUAGUCAAGAAUUAUGGUGUCUUAGCAUACGAGAGAUCGUAGUAGAGCAAAUUCUGGCAAGAGAAGGAUGGAUGGAUGGGUGUGGGGUCCUGUCAUCACUUGCCGGUCAUUUCUUUCUUGAAACUCAGCUUUUACAUUCCUAAUGAGGGACUAGUGAGUUUUCACCUGAGCAAGUGGUUUUAGAAAUAAUUAAAAACUGAUAGCCUGAA